AUGGAGGCAGAUAGGGAGUUCGAUUUUUCCCCCUUCGAUGCUCUAGCCGGUAUUUGUGGCUCUGUUGGCACGGUGAGCUUGGAUGACAGCGUCGCUAAUGACGCUGACCAGGAGUUUGAUGACAAAGGAGAGGAGGAAGAAUACGAAGGCGAGGAGGAAGAAACCGAAAGCGACGAGGAACAUUCCGAGGGCGAGGAUAAGGAAGAAGAAGGCAAGGAGGAAGAAGAUGAAGGAAAGCGCGGGUACCUUGACAUUGACAUCAACGUGGCCAUCACCGAUUCCCAGUUAUCCCGGCUAGAGCGCGCGGCAGCACAGUCGGGAAUCCCGCUUCGUCCAGCACGCUUCUGCCAAUCGCCUUUCGCGGACAACGAUUGGCUGGCGGAAAUGGACGAGGAGAAGAGGAAGGCAUUCAAGAUUCCUGCGUCAGAGCAGGCUAUGGCGCGGCACUUCAACCCAGUGUGGAAGCUGCAAUACCCGUGGCUGACGCUCGAGUUCGACCCUAAGCUUAUGCAGUAUGGCAUGAAGUGCAAGGUCUGCAAAACGCACGCACCACAUACUAAGUCCCCGUUUGGUCGAGGUGGUGCAGGUGGUCGCGACUUCCAGAAGAACGCGUGCAAGUCUCACGAUCAUUCCAAGGUUCACCUGGCUGCCAUUGCGGAGAUAAACUCUACAAUGGUAGUGAGCUAG